AUGGUUGCGAGCUGUGUUUUUCCGCACAACGCUACGUCGCCGAGCACAGAAGCAGCGCUUAUUUUGUCAUCCUCGCCAUCCUCAGUGAUUGCUGCCGAGAAGACGAAACAGCGCAAGCAGGCAGCUAUGCUGGAUGCUUGGUUAGCAUUGCACAACGAUAAUCUUUACCCUUGUCGUGAGGAGAAAGAACGGCUGGCGAAAGACAUGUCGAUGACUUAUAUACAGGUGAUUUUCCACUGCUUAAUUGCGGUAAAAUGCUACUGCUUUUCCAGGAUCUCGUAA